GCUGAUCGUGGGAGCUCUUCAUUUCUACAGAGCUUCUGGAAAAUUAAACAGUUAAACAGGGGCCCAGCAGCUGACUGCUGCCCCAGUGACCCUGAAGAGGAGAAGCCAGCCCUGCUGCGUGUGUGUGUGUUUGUGUGUGUGUGUGCUUUUAAAGGAAGCGGAGGAGGCGGUGGUCUUCACACACAUGUGAACGCUGCACACAGAAAGACAGCGAAGUGUUUAUUCAGACGCAGGACGACAUAACUGACGAAAGAAAGAAAAAAGAAAGAAGGAAGCUGCAGGAUGGAUGUGACAUCACAUUCUACUGCAUCUAACGCCACUGAAGGCGACGAAAACAAGUCGGAAAACCAGUCAGAAUGCAUCGUGAUCCAACCGACAGCCAACGGGACGCUCCCGCAUCACAGCACAGAUGAAGCUCCUCCCCCUGCCUCUCAUAGGUCAGACCCUGACAGCAGUGAUGACUGUUCGACAGAUGGCUCCUCCACCAAUGACGUCUCUCGUCUCCUGCCCGCUCAGCCCUCAUCGUCACCGUGGAAACAGAAAGGUGUGGACAGCUCAUCGUCAACAUCCCCUCCCCCCGUCUGCACUCCUCCAUCUUCCUCUAUGAAAUCUCCUCCUCCUCCACCUGCCUCUCGGUCGUCCACCUCUAACAGACAUCAUCAUCAUCACCACCAUCAGAGCACCAAGCAGAAGCGUUUAUCCUCCACUAAAAGCCAAGCCUCCUCCAAGACAGACGCCACCCACAUUAAGGAGGUCGCUGGAGAUGACUGUUGCGCUCACUGUCUCCUCGCCUGUCUCUUCUGCGAGCUGCUGUCCAUGUGUUCGGCUGUGGGGGACUGUCUGGUGUGUGGAAUGGGCGGGGCCGGGUGCUGCGAUGCUGCGGCUGGCGGUUGCUGCUGCUGCUGCAUGGAGGCCGCAGGGGAGGCAGCCUGCACCGAGGAGGCAUGUCAGGCAGUUUUGGAUUGUGGGAUAAUUGAAAAUUGCUGCGGCUCAUCCGACUGCUUGGAGAUCUGUUUAGAGUGCUGCUCCAUCUGCUUCCCAACAUAGAGCAGCCAAUCAGAGAAGGACUACAAAAUGAUGUCAAGGUGUGCUAAUGAUGUGGACUCCAGCACACUUCACUGACCAGGAGGCCGAUUACAGACUGCACUUAACUUCGCCUCAGCUGGUUUUGUCUGGUUUGGUUCUCCAAGUCUACAGGAAACAAAAGAUUAUUUUGAGUUUUGAAAAGACACAAGUGCCUCUGAAAACACAUGAUCACCUCAGGCAUCCUACGACUCCACAGACAAUCACAGAUAAACUGACAGAAAAGCAAUCUUCAACGAUUCUGAAUAAUAGUUUAGGACAUUUGUCUGAUACCAGAAUGUUAAAUGGGAAUAUCUGACAGCUUCUCAUGACAGUAAACUCCACAUCCGAGCAUUUUGUACUGUUGAAUGACAGCCAGAUGGACUAAUCACACACCCUGAUCACGAUUUGUCCUGUGUUACAUUGUCACAGCUCCUGGGCUUGCUUAGGUAAAUGAUUUCUAACCUUAAUCAGAGUUACAGUAGUUUUACAUUCUCUGAAUUUUGUUUUCCUGCUGAGCUGUUGAACACUGCACAAAUAAAACUGAGAGUUUCUAAAGCCAGUCCCAUCGUGUCUCUGAUUGACAGCUCAGCGGGGGGAGCAGGGCCGGGUGGAGCAGGAAGUAACUCCUGUGGGGACAGGAAGCGGGUGUGUUUGUCAAAGCAGCGUGCCAGGACGUCCAAACAGGAAGCAGGAAAUCACUGGAGAGACAAUGGUACCUGACCUCUGACACCCGGGACAGGCCAACAUCAAAGAGAGAUACAUGCACACGUUUGUCCGUUUGUCCUAGUGAGCACUGUGAUCAACGUACUGCUUUCCCCGGCCCCUGAACCAGAACGUGGAUCUAAUCUGACCCUUUAGACAGCCUCUGGAGCUCUGACCCACACUUUUCAAAGAGUGUCCCCAUUUUCCAAAAUGUCCUCACAGCAUUUGACCCGGAUCAUUGUCCCCACAAUGGUAGUUAAACCAGAAUAAACACAUGGUAACCAAAACAACUGUGACAUUUUCCCACAGACUGCUUCUAGAUUCAAACAUAUCAGUGUUUUUUUCACUGGUAGGUUGAUCCACAUUUGCUGCUGUCAAAUCCACAUGUUUAUAUAAAUCAUGACCUGGAGCCAGAUUUAUAUAAACAUGUGGAUUUGAGUUUAAUUAAACUCAAAUAAAUUUUAAUGUAGGUUAUAAAAUUAAAGGUUAACUGUUUUAUCUUUACUUUUUGUUUCACCUCAAACAUUCAGCAUUUUUAUAUAAGUAGGUUUUUGGCUUUGUAAUAGCCUGCUCGUAAAACUAUAAUAAUCAAGAUGCAUUAGUUUGCUUGACUAAAUGAUUUGAUGGUGAAGCAAUUUUAUAUUCUUGUGGAAAUUUGUAUUUUACAAUUCAAUUCAAUUCAAUAAAACUUUAUUGAUCCUGAAGGUUGACCCCGAAGGAACUUGGGACAUGCUUCAAUAUUAUCCAGAGCAUUUUCAGGGACAGUAAAUUUAACACAAGUCAUUUAUUUAAAUAUUUAAGGCCAGUGAACAAAUAUUCCUGCAUUUAUGAAUUUUUGAUUGCUUCUUUAUCCACAUUACACUAAAUCCCUACAGCCACUCUUGUGGGUGGUGGAACCACAGGAGAGCUGGCCUCAACUGGCCUCCAACCCACUCCACUGAGGUCUUGUGAAUCACACUUCAUCUGGAUGAGGAGGCUGAGGCAAAUCUAGGAGAGUUUAUGUAUCAUGCCUCCUAUGAUUUCCUGUGAAAUCAUUGUGCAGGGAGAAGUUUAAGUACAAUUUUACUUCCGGGACAUUUUUGUAAUGGAGGGUUUUGGGUUUUUUUUAACAAUGCUAUUAUAGAAAUUUUACUUCAUUAAAGCUCCUGAGUACCUCUUGAAUAAUUCUUCCAAUUUCCUGGCAUAUAAAUGGAUGUUUGUUAUGGACUUACAUAGACUGGAAUGAUGUUGUUUUGUUAAUCAGCAGAAUGGCUCCCCCUGCUGGACAUGAACAGAGUGACUCCUGUCUGGUCUAAGUGUUAGAUGCUGUAAAGAGACUGUGUUUUUCUCUACAUAUUACUUUAUUGUAACAAUUAGCAGCUUUCAGAACACUUGCACACCUUUUGCUCAGAGUUUUCUAGAUUAUUUAAAACAAUUAUAUUAUUACUAGUCUUUACAAAGUUAUAAAUGUUGUGAGAUUUCUUGUACAAAAAAAACUUUUUUGCAGUAAGUGAGCAAACACAACACAGAAUGAGACAAACUUCUGUUUAAUGAUUUAUUUCUCUAUAAAAGUUGGCAUGUGAACCUUGAUGGAUCUAUAAAACAAACUGUUAACUGAGAAUAAACAAUGACAAACUAUAUGGUUGUAAACAUAUGAUAAACAUAAAUGACAUAAACAUAGAUUUAAAAAACAGCAAUCCCUUUAUGCAAGAAUCACCUGAUCCUCAUAACUGAACACCUGACUCUGCUUAUUCAGGUAUUAAAUCUCAUUUCUAGCACAGACAGGUUUUCUCUGGCUUACACCUAAUGCAACAUUCAGAGAUAAUUGGUAUCACAACAAUAGUUAUCAGCUUUCUUCGUUACAUCAGCCUUUCUUUAUCAAACCGUGAGCACAGUAACGCGUUUGGCGCGUCAUUCAGCACCAAUCAAGCGACACUGCCUUCUUCUGUGAAGAAGAACGGGUCACAGAGAGCUGUGAAGGAUCUGACAAAACUUUAGAGUGGCUCUCUAAAUAAAACCAGAGAGGCAUGCUGUCGAAUACUGCUAAUCUGGUUCCUUCCUAAAGUGAAUAUACUGUUUAACUAUCUGCCAGAAAUCGCUUUGACCAAAUGUAAGUGCAGUUCACUUCAUUUAUUAAACAUUCUCUGAGAUAAACACCAACAGGACUGCAAAAUUAACCUGGCAGAAAAUCAGGACCAAGCAUAAAAACAUAUUUGUGUAUUUCCUGUAUCAAUAACUGAAUGCAAGUAGGUUCAUACAGUCUGUGUUACUGUAACUUGCAUUGCUAACAAUCCAUAACAGCCCAACAGGUUUUACUGGCCACAUCAAGCUCAGUGCUUUUUUCCUGUAAUUAAGUUCCUCUUUCCCGUCUUCACCCUUCCUUCAUAUUUUCCCUGGUAUGAAGGCAUGAGCCUGGUUCUGUUGCAUAUUUUUUUUUUACAGUUAUGAAGGUAGGUUUUUUUUCCCUACUGCUGCCAAGUGCUGAUCAUAGAAAGUUGAUGGCUUGUGAACUCUGUAAUAUACAAUGUAUAGUGCCCUGAGAUGGCUGUAGUUAUGAAUAUAUGCUAUAUAUUCUUGCUUUGUAGUACACGGCACAGAUGACAUUAGCAGGAAUUAAUACUAUUGUUUGGCCAUGAUUUAGUAUCACCUGGGAAAUUCAAUGAAUGACAUCAGCCCAAUAAAUGGCCAUUAUCAACUGUAAUAAGUCACUUAUACAUGACUAGUCGGCACCCUCCACCACCUACUCAGAGUCUUAAAAAAGUAUCAUCCAAUUACUGAUAAAUAGAAGAAAACCAAGAUUCCAAAGGUGAUCUAUUAGAUGUCAGAUAAACAACAAAAACCAGCAUUUUAACGUGGUUAAUGUUGGUUUUGGAGCCACAAAUGUGGCAAACAGUAACUGAAAAUGAAAUAAAACUAGACACAAACACAAAGAUCCCACAUGGCACAUGAACCGCAGUCUGCAGGCUGUUGUCUGCCAUAUUUAAGGGAGCGAUGUUGGCAGCCAUUUGGGCUGAUGUUGUGAUCGUGCAGUAAUAAAGUAACAGAGAUCAGCAGAGAUCUCAUUUAUCUUGUGUCUUGGUGUCUCUGUUCCCACAUCUUACUAACUUGUCUGCAGUCAGUAUUAUUUUUCCUAACCAGCAUCACCAGCAGAGCACCUUAAAUUUCCAACAAAACCCAGACACAUUUACAUCGGCGACUGUAACAUAUGAGGAAAUCGUUCCACAAACAAACAUAGCUGCUAAGAUGACACGAUUUUAGCUAGAGCUAAUUACAUCAAGCACAGAUAGCAGCUAGCUCUGUACAGUAGCUAACUAAACUAGCAGGUAGGAGAAUAUGAACAACAGUAUGUAACUAGUUAGCUUUUAACGCGAGCACGUUUUAACAUUAACAGCUAACUCGACAAGUUCUUGUUUGGUAACCUGUCUGUUAUAAGAUAGGAGGGUUCCUGAAGACAAAACACCUGCAGCUAAGAGUUAGCUUACAAUUAGCCUCAAGCAAUGGAAACUGUAGCUGGUUUAAUUGAAGGCUAACGAUUAUAAACUCAUCAGCAAGAAUUGAUUGAAGCUUAAAAUGUUAAUUUGGCUGCUGUAUGAGAAGAGUCUCAAUGCUAAUAAAACAUAAAAUUCUAAAGAUGAAACAAACUGAAAUGAACAGUUUUCUUAAGGAUUGGUGGCCGAUUACAAAAGUUUCCCUUCUUUUUGCUCUGGACAUGGUUUCAAUCAGGCAGCGCAUAUAUUAAAAAUAAAACUGAAUCAAAGUCCUGAAGCUAUGCAGACUCCUCUGAUCCAAUAAAAAUCUCUACUCAGUUUUCCAGCACAGUGAUUAUAGAUUCAUUUAUAUUUACAGGAAUGAACUGAGGCACAAUCAAUGUCUCAGUAUUUUAACUACUUUAUAAAA